UUUUUCUUUUGCUGAAGGGAUGGACAAGGAGCUGAGAUUUAUGGCCCUUAUUAAAGGAGAAAAUGUGCCUUAUAGGGUGGGGACACUUGGUUUGUACAGUCUCUCUCUCUCUCUCUCUCUCUCUCUCUCUCUGUGGUUUGGACAGAACCAAACCAAACCGAACUGAUGGAUUUGUAAUGGGAGUUUGUGGGUUGCUGGCGAAUGCUACUUUGCAUGCUUUUUCUUCUCUUGCAGGCUAUGUUGUGCUUUGUGCUUUUCUUUUUAGAAGCUACUAAAGGGUGUUGGGGGGCACUACUGACUCUGACGAAGGCCAAAAGGCCUGUGGACUGGGGCUGCUUUUAACCCUUUCAGAUUUGCAGAGAAUGCAGCCGUGUGGCCGUAACUGAACAUUGGUCCCAAGCCCUCCCCAAGGGUCAAGGUUCACAAGGACGCCCGGGCCCCUCGAUGACCAUGGGAGAUAUGAAGACCCCAGACUUCGACGACCUCCUGGCGGCCUUCGACAUCCCGGACAUGGUGGACCCCAAGGCAGCCAUCGAGUCGGGGCACGACGAGCCCGAGGGCCACAUCAAGCCCAGCGCACCCACGGAGGACGACGCCCACGCGCCCGCCGCGGCUGACGGCGGCGUCAGCGUCAUCGUGAAGAACGUGCGCAGCCUGGACGCGGCCGAGGGCGCCGACAAGGACGGCCACCCGCCGGCUGGCAACGGCCUGCACAACGGCUUCCUCAGUGCCGCCGGCCUGGACGGCUACGCCAAGGAGGGUUCCAAGGCGCCCAAGACCGGGGACGGGCCCGAGGGCACCUUGCGGGACGCGGCCUUCAGCCAGUUCAGCCCCAUCUCCAGCGCCGAGGAGUUUGACGACGACGAGAAGAUCGAGGUGGACGACCCCCCGGACAAGGAGGACGCGCGUGGCGGUGGUGGUGGUGGCGGCGGUGGCUUCCGGUCUCACGGGCUCCCGGGGGCUGCCCCCCACCAGGACUACGAGAAGCUCAAGGCCCCGGGCACAGAGAGUGGUGGCAAGGCCGGCACUGCCACCGCCGGUGCCACUGCCACCAGCACCACCAGCACCACGAGUGCGGGUGGCGCCGAGAAGGGCAAAGCCGUGAAGCGAGAGGCGGACAUUGGCAGUGGUACGGCUGCCGGCCUGGCCACCUACGAGCCCUUCAAGGCCAGGAAGACGGAGGAGAAGCUGAAGGAGGGCUCGGAGAAGGGCCCAGAAGCCCGGACCCACGAGGCCAAGCUGGGCGGGGAGAAGGGCGAGGGGGCGGCGGGCGCCAACCCGCCUCCCCCGCGGGCCAAACCCUCCUCCAAGCUGUCCUCCUGUAUUGCUGCCAUCGCUGCCCUGAGCGCCAAGAAGGCCGCAUCCGACUCCUGCAGGGAGCCGGCCGCCAGCCCCCAGGAGCCCUCCCCGCUGGCCAAGGACGCCCACGAGAGCCCCCGGGCCGCUGAGAAGUCCCCCGAGGCGCCAAGCCUCAUCGACGGCCCCAGGAAGGGCCCCCCGAAGCCUCCCGACAGCCCCCGCAGCAUCUCCAGCGAGAGCAGCAGCAAGGGGUCUCCCGCCUCUCCCGCUGGCUCCACACCCGCCAUCCCCAAGGUCCGCAUCAAGACCAUCAAGACGUCCUCGGGUGAGAUCAAGAGGACGGUGACGCGGGUCCUGCCCGACGUGGAGCCGGACCCGGCGGGCAAGAAGCCACCCGAGCCACCGGCCGCCGUCGUGGCCUCGGUGACAUCGCUGCUGAAUGCACCCGCCGUGCUGGCGUCCCCGCCGCGGGCCCCGCUGCCCUCGGCCGUGGUCACGGGCACGGUGGCGCCGGCCGAGCUGACCCCCAAGCAGGUCACCAUCAAGCCGGUGGCCACCGCCUUCCUGCCCGUGUCCGCCGUGAAGACGGCCGGCUCGCAGGUCAUCAACCUGAAGCUGGCCAACAACACGACGGUGAAGGCCACGGUCAUCUCGGCCGCCUCGGUGCAGAGCGCCAGCAGCGCCAUCAUCAAGGCGGCCAACGCCAUCCAGCAGCAGACCGUGGUGGUGCCCGCCUCCAGCCUGGCCAACGCCAAGCUCGUGCCAAAGACCGUGCACCUCGCCAACCUGAACCUCCUGCCUCAGGGCGCCCAGGCCGCCUCCGAGCUGCGCCAGGUGCUGGCCAAGCCGCAGCAGCAGCAGAUCAAGCAGGCCAUCAUCAGCGCCGCGGCCGCCGCCGCCGCCGCCCAGCCGCCCAAGAAGGUGUCGCGGGUGCAGGUGGUGUCCUCGCUGCAGAGCUCCGUGGUGGAGGCCUUCAACAAGGUGCUGAGCAGCGUCAACCCCGUGCCCCUGUACGUGCCCAACCUCAGCCCGCCCGCCCAGGCGGGCAUCACGCUGCCCGCCCGCGGCUACAAGUGCUUGGAGUGCGGCGACGCCUUCGCCCUGGAGAAGAGCCUGUCCCAGCACUAUGACCGGCGCAGCGUGCGCAUUGAGGUCACCUGCAACCACUGCACCAAGAACCUGGUCUUCUACAACAAGUGCAGCCUCCUGUUCCAUGCGCGCGGCCACAAGGAGAAGGGCGUGGUCAUGCAGUGCUCCCACCUCAUCCUCAAGCCCGUGCCCGCCGACCAGAUGACCGUGUCCCCAGCCAGCAGCGCCGCCGCCGUGGCCGCUGCCGCUGCCGCCGCCGCCGCCGCCAGCACGCCGCCCAGCGCCAACGUGGUGGUGUCCGUGUCGGCCACGGGUGGGGGGGCGGCGGCGGUGGCGGGGGCGGCCACGGUGACCACGGUGGCCGGCACCACCCCGGUUGUCCCCGCGUCGGUGGGUGGCGGCGGCGGCGGUGGUGGUGGUGGCGCCGGGAACGGCGGAGGCGUCCCACACACGGCCCCCAAGAUCCAGUCGGGCAUCACCGGGACGGUCAUCUCGGCCCCGUCCAGCACCCCCAUCGUGCCGGCCAUGCCCCUGGACGAGGACCCGUCCAAGCUGUGCAGGCACAGCCUCAAGUGCUUGGAGUGCAAUGAGGUCUUCCAGGACGAGACGGCGCUGGCCACCCACUUCCAGCAGGCGGCCGACGCCGGUGGACAAAAGACUUGCACUGUCUGCCAGAUGCUGCUCCCUAACCAGUGCAGCUUCGCCUCCCACCAGAGAAUCCAUCAGCACAAAUCUCCCUACACCUGCCCCGAGUGCGGGGCCAUCUGCAGGUCGGUGCACUUCCAGACGCACGUCACCAAGAACUGCCUGCACUACACGCGCAGAGUCGGCUUCCGGUGUGUGCACUGCAACGUCGUGUACUCGGACGUGGCCGCCCUCAAGUCCCACAUCCAGGGCUCACACUGCGAGGUCUUCUACAAGUGCCCCAUCUGCCCGAUGGCGUUCAAGUCCGCGCCCAGCACCCACUCCCACGCCUAUACGCAGCACCCGGGCAUCAAGAUCGGAGAGCCCAAAAUCAUCUACAAGUGCUCCAUGUGCGACACCGUGUUCACCCUGCAGACGCUGCUUUACCGCCACUUCGACCAGCACAUCGAGAACCAGAAGGUGUCCGUGUUCAAGUGUCCCGACUGCUCCCUCCUCUACGCGCAGAAGCAACUCAUGAUGGAUCACAUCAAGUCUAUGCACGGCACGCUGAAGAGCAUCGAGGGGCCUCCCAACCUGGGCAUUAACCUGCCUUUCAGCAUCAAGCCCACCACGCCGAACUCGGCGGCGCCCAGCAAGGAGGACGCGCGGCCCGUGAAUGGGAAGGAGAAGUUGGAGAAGAAGUCCCCGUCGCCCGUGAAGAAGUCCCUGGAGCCCAAGAAAGUGGCCAGCCCCGGGUGGACGUGCUGGGAGUGUGACCGCCUCUUCACGCAGAGGGAUGUCUACAUCUCACACGUGCGCAAGGAGCACGGGAAGCAAAUGAAGAAGCAUCCGUGCCGUCAGUGCGACAAGUCCUUCAGCUCUUCGCACAGCCUGUGUCGACACAACCGCAUCAAGCACAAAGGCAUCAGGCACUGCCCCGACUCCCGGCGCACCUUCACCAAACGGCUGAUGCUAGAGAAGCACAUUCAGCUCAUGCACGGGAUCAAGGCGCCCGACCUGAAGGAGAUGGCCGAGGCCGCCACCGAGGACGACACCGAGACCAAGGAGGACACCAAGGUCCCCAGCCCCAAGCGGAAGCUGGAGGAGCCGGUCCUGGAGUUCCGACCGCCCCGCGGUGCCAUCACGCAGCCGCUGAAGAAGCUGAAGAUCAACGUGUUCAAGGUGCACAAGUGCGCCGUGUGCGGCUUCACCACCGAGAACCUGCUGCAGUUCCACGAGCACAUCCCGCAGCACAAGUCCGACGGCUCCUCCUACCAGUGCCGCGAGUGCGGCCUGUGCUACACCUCACACGGCUCGCUCUCCCGCCACCUCUUCAUCGUGCACAAGCUCAAGGAGCCGCAGCCCGUGGCCCGGCAGAACGGGGCGGGCGAGGACAGCCAGCCCGAGCACGCGGCGGGCCCCGGCGACGACGAGGCGGCGGGCGGCGGGCCGUCGGACAGGAAGUGCAAGGUGUGCGCCAAGACCUUCGAGACGGAGGCGGCCUUAAACGCGCACAUGCGGACCCACGGCAUGGCCUUCAUCAAGUCCAAAAGGGUGAACUCCUCGGAGAAGUAGCCGCCGCCCCGGCCCCCCGCCCCGGCACCAGGCGGGUUCUUCCUUACCAAAACCC